GGGUGUCAUGGGUCCACGUGGCAAGGGAUAGAAGGCCCUAGAGGAGGUGGAGAGACAGGACUCAGCCCCUUCCAGCAGCACUGCGAUGGAGGAAACAGGGAGGGGAGAAAGACAAGAGAGGAGGCAUGGGAACAGCCAUAAUUAGACCUAGACAUCAGAAUGGACAGCCCCAGGCCCUCUGGAGAUGGAGGAUGAAAGACAGGGGCUGAGGAAGAGUGUGGAGACUGCCCAGGGUGAUAUGACCUCAUGGUAGACACCAGAACUGAGGCCCCAGCAUGACAGAACCCGAAACCCUGGCCCUGCUGCAAGUGAAGGGGUCUGAGGCUGUGGAGAAGAGCCUGCCCCAGGCCCUGGUCCCCAAUGGCCAGCAGCCGGAAGGGGAAGGUGGGGCUGAGUCCCACAGAGCUGAGUCCUCCGAGAUGGGGUCUCCAGCUGGAUCUCCUGUGGCUGGAGAGGGGGCUGAGGAUGGUCUCAACAGCACAGUGAGCGAGGCUGCCACCUUGCCGUGGGGGACAGGCCCCCAGCCCAGCGCCCCAUUCCCAGACCCCCCAGGCUGGCGGGACAUCGAGCCAGAGCCACUCCGGUCAGAGCCACCCACCAAGCUAGAGGAGCUGUGCGAAGAUGAUGCCAACUUGCUGCCCGAGAAGGUGGCCCGGGCCUUUGUACCCAUCGACCUGCAGUGCAUUGAGCGGCGGCCCCAGGAGGACGCAGCUGUGCACUGUGAGGCGGGCGAGGGCGAGCGCGGACGGGCCUGCCUGUCCUCCUGGGCUGCUCAGCCUGAGCCCCGCGAGCGCAAGUGGGCUGAGGCCGUGGUGAAGCCGCCUGGACGCUCCUGCAGGGGCUGCAGGGGCUGCGGGGGCCGGGAGGGGCUGAGAGCCGUGGCCUCCAUGGGGGCCGCCCUCGUCCUCUUUCCCUGCCUGCUGUAUGGGGCCUACGCUUUCCUGCCCUUCGAUGCUCCUCGGCUGCCUACCAUGAGCUCUCGCCUCAUCUACACGCUGCGCUGCGGGGUCUUUGCCACCUUCCCCAUCAUCCUGGGGCUCCUGGUGUAUGGGCUGAGUCUGCUGUGCUUCUCGGCCCUGCGGCCCUUUGGGGAGCCACGGCGGGAGGUGGAGAUCCACCGGCGGUAUGUGGCCCAGUCAGUCCAGCUCUUCAUCCUGUACUUCUUCAACAUGGCUGUGCUUUCCACCUACCUGCCCCAAGAGACCCUCAAACUGCUCCCUCUGCUCACUGGUCUCUUUGCUGUCUCCCGGCUCAUUUACUGGCUGACCUUUGCCGUGGGCCGCUCCUUCCGAGGCUUUGGCUAUGGCCUCACGUUCCUGCCCCUGCUGGCCAUGCUGGUGUGGAACCUUUACUACAUGUUCCUGGUGGAGCCUGAGCGCAUGCUAACUGCGGCUGAGAGCCGCCUGGACUACCCCGACCAUGCCCGCUCAGCCUUGGAGCACAGGCCAAGGCCCUGGGGCUGAGGCCUCUGCAGCCUCAGCCCAGCCCUGGCACCUCGGGGGAGAAGCUGCACUACUGCCCCGACUGUCCCUGCUCCCCCCGUUGGUGUAGCCCUUCACCUCAGGAGCCCGGGGCCAUCAUGAGAGAGGGACUUUGACUGGUUUCUUGUGGGGAAGGAGGUGGACAGCUAUGUCCCUUCUGCAUGCUGCAGGCAGGGCAUCAGGAGCAAGGGUGUGUUUCCUUCCCCAGCAGCCCCAGCACUGCCCCCAGGACCCUGCCCCACCCUCCAGCCUCCUGCAAGGCCUCAAGCGGGCAGAGCUAUGGCCAAACUGGCUGUUUCUGUGCCAUUGUCUAAGCAGAGGGCCGCAGGGAGACUGGAAACCUUGCCCAGGCUGAAGAAAAAGACUGGGCAUCCGAUCAAUCAGGACUUUCACAUUUGGUGAAAACCUUCUGGAGGGCCUGGGUUCAGGACCCUCCACUGCUGGCCCUUGUGGGACCUUUAGCUUCAGUUCAGAUAAUUAAAGCUGCUCCAGCCCAGA